AUGAAACAAUUUCUAUUCGAUGAAUUAAUUGAUAUAUUUCUUCGAAUGGAACAACGAAAUAAACAAUAUUUUGACAUAUGGGAUCGUUUGGAUAUAAUUUCACAUUUAAUUGAAUGUACAUCAAAUGUUGAUCUUUUUCAAAAUUAUAAAAUACCGUAUCAUCCAUCAAUACUAUCGAAUAAUAAUGAUUUACAAUUACGACCAAUAUUAUUUGAUUUAUAUUUUUUUCAUCUUCGACAUCAAAUAGUUAAUGAAACUAUUACAACAAAUCUUAUUAAUAAAGGAAUACUAUUAAGAUUACCAAAAAUUCAUAAUAGAAAUUUAAAAUCUAUUGUAGAAUAUAUUUUCAAACAAUUAAAAGAUUAUUUUCUAGUAAGAAUGACUGCAUUAUUAUUAUGUGAAAUAAAUAUGAAUGUUUAUAUAUUGAAUGAUGUAAAUUCUAUUAUAUCAACAAUUAUCAAUGAAUAUUUAUCAAUUGAUCAACAAUCAAUAAAAUUUAAUGACUAUCUUCAACUAUUUCUAUCUACAAUUAUAUCACAAAAAUCAUGGAAUUUUCUUUUAAAUUUAUUAAAAUCUGAAAUUUUUCAAUAUUUAAAUAAUGAAUGGUCGACAACUUUAUAUUGUUUACUUGAAUUAAAACAAAUACAAAAGCAAAAUAAAUAUUUACAAUUGUGUCAUCAAAUUCAAUUUACAAUAUCUUCAAAAAAUGAUUCAUCAAUAUUUCCUGAACUUCAUAAACCUUAUGAAGAAUUAAGAGAAAUUCUUGAUACAUGUAUUAAAGAUAAUACUAAUGAAAAUCAAUGGCAACUUUUAUUAGAUUGGAUUGAAUUAAAACUUAAUUCUAAUUCAAUUGAAUUACAAUUAAAAGAAAU